GUGCCACUCAAUCUUGAUUGCUCAGCGCACAUCAUCCUUCCCCUCCUAUCCUUGCUCUCGCUCCCUGCAGUCAGUCAGGUAAUCACCUGCUGCCUCACAGACCUUUUCCGGCAGAUUAACAGCACCUUUCAACCUUAAGACUGUUCUCCCGCCCAGACCAGUCAUGGCAGCUAAAAUAAUUUAUUUCACGGUGCACGCCAGACCUGAACAGGCAGAAUUUCGCAGCGACUGUCCAGCCCAAGAUGUCAAAGAGGUGUUCCGAGCAGCAGCUGAAGCCGGGCCUCACGACAUCCUGAAAUUGUACAACACAAAAGGCAGCAUCAUAAACAUUUCGCCAAAUCUCGAGGCUAACACCCUGCAAACGCGAUACAAACUGGAGGUGGUCGCUGUUGACUGCAAGAGCGAGGUCAUAGGUUUGGACUUGGCUGCAGCAUUGGGGAUUGACCUGUGUGCUAUGGAGAAAAGGUUACAAGAACUGGAGAAGAAAGUUUUGGGAAUGACUGGUGCGAUGCCGUCCAUUGUGUACGAGAUGAGAAAUCGCGUAGAAACAUUUCGGGAGAAGCUUGAGAGUGUCGAGCACCUCAGCUGGCUGGGAUUAUUUAAAGAGCUGACAGAAGGUACGGACAAACUGUCCCACUUCUAUCACAACCGCCCCCUCCGAAAAUCCGAGGAAGAGUGUCAGCAAGUGCUGGAAAAGUACCUGCAAAUGAGCACUCUGGAAGUUACAAAGGACGUCAAACAGUAUCUAAAGACACCGACAUUUAAUAACUGGCAGUGGGAAGAUGCCGAGAUGAUGGUCUUGCUUCAGCUGAUGUACACGGACCUCGAUUUCACGACCAAGUUCAACAUAGAGAUGGAAGUCCUGCAGCAGUUCCUCUCCGAUGUCUAUCGCCAUUACAACAACAUCCCCUUCCACAACUUUAAGCACUGUUUCUGCGUCACUCAGAUGAUGUAUGGGCUGAUCUGGUUAACAGACCUUCAAAGCAAUAUGGACGACAUUGAUAUCCUGACAAUGCUAACCUCAGCAAUCUGUCAUGAUCUGGACCACACAGGAUAUAACAAUGCAUAUCAGAUCAAUGCUCGCACGGAACUGGCCUUGAGGUACAAUGACAUCUCGCCUCUGGAGAACCAUCACUGUGCCGUAGCCUUUGAGAUCCUAGAAAAGCCUGGAAGCAACAUAUUCCGAAAUUUGACAACCGAGCAAUACAAGAGGAUUCGUGAGGGGAUGAUAAAGUGCAUUCUUGCCACGGAUAUGACUCGUCACAAUGACAUUCUGAACCGGUUCAGAGCAAUCCUGCCAGUGUUUGACUUUAACAACAAAGAGCACAAGGAUAUUCUCACGAUGAUCAUAAUAAAAGUUAGCGACAUCUCCAACGAAGCCCGACCCAUGGAUGUGGCUGAGCCAUGGCUGGACUGUUUGCUGCAGGAGUUUUUCAACCAGAGCGACAAGGAGAAGCUGGAAGGGCUCCCAGUCUCGCCGUUUAUGGACAGGGAUAAGGUCAGAAAGUCAUCAUCGCAAACUGGCUUCAUCCGCUUUGUGCUGCUACCGUUGUUCAUCGAACUGGCAAACCUCUUCCCCAAUUUGGAGCAACAUCUCAUCGAUCCUGUCCGAAAGGCUUUGGACUAUUACACCGAGAUGGAAAACGCCUUGGAAAUGGGGAAGCAAAGCCAAGCGGGGAGCGAGAAGGGGGCAAAGGUGUCAGAGAAGGACACGGAGAAGCCAAAGAGUGGAGAACAGCCUGAGCACAAGAAACCUGAGAAGGCAACCCAGCUUAGAGCAGUCACUGGCAGCGUCUCACACAAAGCGAAAGCAGUCAGAUCCCCACAGAACAGUGACAAGAAAUGAGAGCCCGCAGCAUCUCCUCGCAACAACAAUAAUACAGUGGAAUAAAAACUCACAAGUCGUACCAGUUGGGAACAUACAUUUAAUACGACUUGUGCAAAGUAUGAGUUAUGUCAAACUUGCAUAGAAUAGAAACUCUU